GAGCCGGUGACCGGCGAUACUUGGCUAUAGAUACCUACCCAAUACUUACGUAGUGUAAAGAUGGCGUCGUCGGUGUGUUUUUCUAGAUGUCGUUUACUCGUUAAAUUAGAAUUAAAUCGUAGUUUGUGUUUUUCACCAAUUUUUAGAGAUCUAUCAAAUAGCAAAGAAUCAUGGUGUCGACGAUGGCGACCUCCUCGCCGGACUUUCUUCACGACCGUAUGCACACAUGGAUCAAAGAAUGCGCCCACCAAAGUCGAACCAGUGCUAUCUGAAGAGGUGACGGUGACAUACCGCCGGGGGUUGCCCGUGAUCACGGUACCGCUGCCCUCAAGACGCGAGCGAUGCCGCUUUACACUACGUCCAGUCUCUCAGACCGUCGGCGACCUCCUCGAGCAGGUGAAAGCAGAAGACCGUGGGGUGGAGCGUGCUGCUGCACUGGCGGCAGACGAGCGGGUCCGGAUCUCCUCGAGUGACACCAUCGAGUCAUUACUGGAAACCGAUUUCCGACUCAUCAUUAACGACACGGAGUACUACGUUAAGAGCCCGUCACAAGAGCGUCUAAGCAUGGAAGAGGUUACUCAGUUGAGUGACGUCAGGAAUUUGGUGAAUCAACUGUACGAGGCUCUGAACGUGAGAGAGCACCAGAUAAGGAAGGAGAGGGAACUGAGGGCGCAGCUGGAGAAAAUUAACACCGAGUUACAACCUCUCGAAGAUAAACGUAGGAGCCUCGAAGUUGAGACUUCGCGUCGUACUUCGGCUCUAACGUGGUUCGGUCUUGGCCUGAUGGGAGUUCAGUUCGGAGUUCUGGCCCGUUUAACAUGGUGGGAGUACUCCUGGGACAUCAUGGAGCCCGUCACUUACUUCGUAACGUACGGAACGGCUAUGGCGGCGUAUGCUUACUUCGUUCUAACUAAACAGGAGUACAUUUUGCCCGAUGUCAAAGAUCGACAGCAUCUGCUGAUGCUACACAAGAAGGCAAAGAAGAUCGGGCUCGAUAUUAACCAAUACAAUAAUCUUAAAGAUCAGAUAGCAAAAUUAGAAAAAGACCUUGCUCGUCUCCGCGACCCGCUCCAAAUCCACCUACCCUCGAUGUACGUCGAGAAGACAACCGACGACAGGAGGUCACCGCUCACCAAAAUCAAGGACAUGCUCGAAGAGACCAGCAAGAAAAUGAAAAUCACGUAAUAUUUGCUGAAUCACUCUCGUUAGCAAAGUUAUGUGAUGAAGCGCGCCAUUUUUCGGUUAUUUGAAAAUAGAACGCUUUCGAUGAUGUUGCUUAGUAUGGUGGCAGCACUGAUGAACAUAUAGAAGAAAAAAAAAGUUUUUCCGUGAACGUUAACAGUUUUAAUUUGGCCGGGUUUUCAACAUAUGAGUUGAUUCGGAGCGAGUGUCCUCUUAAGAGCUAGAUGGAAUAGGAAUUAAAAACUAAAGUUGACAGUCGAAACGUCCAUGUUUCACAAAUCCUAUUGCUAAACUCAAACAACACGCUAAUUUUCCUUUUUUUUUUUCAAUCGAAAUAUUGAUUUGUUACUGGCGCCAUUUUGUUUUGUCAUAUGUCAAAAUAUAUAAAAUAAAUAGAUCAGUAAAAGUGGAACAAUCAGUGUAUUGUUGGAGUAUUCCCGCAAACUCGGUCCGGGCAAUUUCGUAUUCUGAAAGCCCGCCUUUUUUGUUUCUUUGUGUAAUCUGUGUUUUGAUUUUUUAAUCGAGUAUUUGAAAAUUAAUACUUCUAAUUUAGUAUUCAAUUAUAAUCUAACGUGCAUGAAGUUUGUAUUGUUCGAAAUUAAUUGUGAUUUUGGGUUUUUAGGUAAAUUUAGUUUUUCAAAUGUGUGAUGAUUAGAUUUAUUACAGUACUUUGGCACGUGAAUGAAAAUCAAAAUUUAAAAAUAUUAAGUCUUGCCACUGAAUCACAAAAUGUAUUACAGGUAUAAUUUUAAAAUUAGUUGAAAUUUUUUAUAUUAAAAAAUAUAUAUAUAUAAUUUUAGUUAG